AUGGGGUUUGGUCAAAUCUGGUUUUUAGAGGACCUUCUUUCAUCUAGAAAACUAUCUCCUCUUCAUCUACUUGAGACCUAUAUUUAGACGAAAGAGUUAUUUUUUUAUUACAUUCGAUGAUAUAUAUAAGGUGUAAGAAAGUUCAUGUAAUCCAUUUUGGGAACUUCUUUUAUUUGUCAACUCGUUUUCCAAUCUUUUUCUUCAUAUAAAAAUUUAGAAGGCUCAACAUUGUUCUAGGAAUCGCUGCUGUUGAUCGGAUAUACAUGACCAACCUGAGCUUGACCAAGGUCAUUGUUGAUUUGGAGUGAGCUAUAACAUAUAUAUGGUGGAAGAAGAGAAUAUAGAAGAAGCCUGUAGGAAGGCUGUGGAGGAAGAUGAUGGACCCAAAGGAGUAUGUUACUGUUUUUGGGGUCCCAUAUAUUGGUUUAAGAUGCUUGCAGUGGAAAUGCAUUGGAGCUUCGUAUUUGGAGUUGUAUCGAUUUAUGGGAUAAAUCAGGGGUUAGGGGGGGCUCUUUCUCGCAUCGGCACAGAGUAUUACAUGAAGGAUGUUCAGAGGGUGCAGCCUUCCGAGGCUCAGGUUUAUUCAGGGAUUACUUCCAUCCCUUGGAUUAUCAAGCCUAUUUGGGGGCUUCUCACUGAUGUUGUUCCAAUAAUGAGUUAUCGAAGACGGCCUUACUUCAUUUUAUCAGGUAUGCUUGGUGUAGUUUCAAUGCUUUUCAUAUCACUGCACAGCAAGCUGCAACUGGUUUUUGCCAUCCUGGCAUUAACAGCAGGAAAUUUAGCGGGAGCUGUAGCUGAUGUGACUGUUGAUGCUUGUGUUGCACAGAACAGCAUUAGUCACCCUUCUCGUGCAGCUGACAUGCAAAGCUUGUGUACUUUGAGCUACUCUUUUGGUGGAUUACUGGGAUUCUCUAUUAGUGGUGUUUUUAUAAACCUAAUUGGUCCAAAGGGGGUGUUCGGAUUGCUGACUCUUCCCGCUGCACUUAUAUCUUUAGUUGGGAUUCUGCUUUCCGAGCCCCAAGUGUCCAACUUUGCCUACAAUGAGGUAAACCAGAAAUUCCAUGAUGCUGCCAAAUCUAUGUGGACAACCUUGAAAGGUCCUGAUGUUUGGAGGCCAUGUUUAUAUAUGUAUAUAUCCACAACGGUGAGCUUGAAUAUAAAUGAAGGGUUGUUUUAUUGGUACACAGACUCGAAGGAGGGCCCAUCUUUCUCUAAGGAGGCUGUUGGUUACAUUUUCUCAAUGGGUGCUAUCGGUUCCUUCUUGGGGGCAUUACUGUACCAAAAUGUGCUGAAGAAUCGGUCCUUGCGAGACAUGCUGUUCUGGACACAAUUGCUGUUUGGUUUAGCAGGAAUGCUAGACCUGAUGUUGGUGCAACGAAUGAAUUUGAGAUUCGGCAUACCGGAUUAUCUUUUCAUUGUGAUCGGUGAAGCUGUUUCUCAAAUGAUUUAUCGCCUCAAAUGGAUGCCCCUCCUUGUGCUUUGUUCCAAGCUUUGCCCUUCAGGUAUUGAGGGCACUUUUUUUGCUUUGCUCAUGUCAAUCGGUAACUUAGGAGAUCUUUCAUCUUCGUGGGGUGGUGGCUUGCUGCUUCAUGUGUUGAAUGUUACAAGGAUAAAAUUCGAGGAUCUCUGGCUCGCCAUAUUGAUCCGAAACAUACUGAGAGUUUCGCCACUAUGUCUAUUGUUUUUGGUACCCAAAGGUGACCCCAACGCUUUCAUGUUGAGUACCAAGGACGAGGCUGAAACCUCAGAGCCCGACAACAUUGAGUUGGCAUCUCUGAUUCACAGCGUUGAUGAUAAGUUUUAACAAGAAUCAUUCAACUUAACUUUCAAGCUUGUGUAGCAGAGAAUGAUAGCCAGCAUUGCUUUCCCAAUGGCAUACAUAUGCUCAUGACAUGGUGGCAAAUUCAACGUUACUUCAUGCCUCUACAAUGGCUUAGAGAAUAUGAUAAUUAAGAUGGCGCAUUCUGCUAUGUAUAAUAUACUUCCCGAACAUUUGAAUUCCGGUUCACAACAAAACUCAUCAUCAUAAAUAUGAUCAUUAUCAAACAAACCAAAAGAGAAUCUUUUGGAUCAAGUUGUUGAUAUUAUUUAUUUUGAUAAAUUCCAAAAUACCUAAGAUCUUUUUCUACUAAAACCAAAAGGCAUUAAUUUAAUCAAAUUAUAUUAUUGUGUCAAUAUUUCAUCAUUAGUUCUGCUAUUCUUGUAUUAAAACAUUCCAAGACAUAUGUUUAUAUUGUAUUUU